AUGAAAGAAAAAAAUAUUUUAGUGACAGGUACAGUACGUAGUAAUCGCACUGACAAGUGUCCUUUGAAAGAUGAAAAAUUAUGCAAGAAGGAACAGCGAGGUUACCAUGACAGCCGGCUCGAUCUAAACAGCGGCAUCUGUGCAGUGCGCUGGAACGAUAAUAGUGUAGUCACUCUGUUAUCCAGUGAAUACGGCGUGGAGCCUAUACGAACUGCAAGGAGAUACUCAGCUGCUCAAAAGCAAAGAGUAAAUGUACCACAACCCAACGUUGUGCACCAAUACAAUCGUUUUAUGGGAGGGGUUGAUCGGUUAGAUGCAAACAUUGGUACCUAUCGAAUAGGAAUUAGGGGCAAAAAUGGUAUAUCCCGUUACUUUUCUAGUUGA